CCCCUCCCCCUGCCCGAGCCCCGGUGUGAGGGAGAGCAGGCCGGCUGUCUCUCCAGCCAGCGGCGGUGCGCAGACCGGUGGGGGCUGGGUCCUGCCGGGAGACGAGCGAAGGCGCUCGUGUUUGCCCGUCAGCUCCACAGGGAAGUGCAGGGCGAUGGGAAGUCUGGUGCUGUGAGAGUCUUCGCUCGGACCGCCGCGAGGCUGUUCUGAAACUUGCUGGGAGACCCACAAAUUCCGUCACAAUAAAACUCAACACCGCGGAUUUCGCAUGCCUGGGAACUGAACUCUUCCCCUCUCUCUCUACGCUCUUUGCAAAAGUACGGUCUUGGAUCUUCGGAUGAAGACUUGCGUGUACUAGUUGCUCAGCAGAGGAGCCCAGGUGUGGCAGUGUGGACACUGGGCCGCCAUGUUUCCCAGCCCGCCCUGUGUAUCCAGGGCCAGUAGAGGAUAAAAUCUCAUUAGCAAUUCAAAAGUGUGUGGGCGCAGCGUGUGACCGCCAUGGCACUGGUGCAGACUCUGCCCGUCCCCACUGAUCCCCAGAGCUCCAGCGUCGACGCGCAGCACCGCCCUCUGUCCCGGUCUCCCGCCAGCCAGGGCGCUAUGGGCUCUGUGAGCAGCCUGAUCUCGGGCCGCACGCACCAGGAGCGCCACUGCCGGGCCGCCGAGUUCACCGGCAAGUGCCGCAGGCCCACUCCCGGCAUGGCCUCCUGCAAACUGCCUGACGAGCAGCUCCGGACCGCCGGCUCGCAGGACCCGCUGGUCAGCAACGGGAACUACGCUUACCUGAACGAGGACUUCGUCGGAGACUGGAACGACAACCACCUGACUCCCAGCAGCCCCUGCAGCGAUCCCGAGGAGGCCCGGGAAGGGCGGGUCCUGAACGGGAACAUCGGGGGACCGCCCCCAAAGCUCAUCCCCGUUUCCGGCAAACUGGAGAAAAAUAUUGAGAAGACGCUCAUCCGGCCCACAGCUUUUAAACCGGUGGUGCCCAAGAACCGCAGUUCAGUGCAGUACCUCUCUCCGCGGCCAGGGGGCAGCCUGUCGGAGAGCCAGGGCAGCCUCAACCUGCUGCUGCCAGGAGCGGGGGCGGCCGGGGGGGGCAGCGGUGACAAGCGCAACUCCUACAGCGGUGGCCGCAACGGUGGAGGCAGCCAGUCGGGCACAUUGUCCGAUUCUGGGCGCAACUCCCUGUCCAGCUUGCCCACCUACAGCAGCGCCACCUACAGCCUGGUGCAUGGGGAGGCGCCCAGCGGGCACCUGGAGCCCGCGUCGCGAGGCAGCGCGGGCCACGGCCACUCCAACUCGGACAGCGGGCGCUCCUCCUCCAGCAAGAGCACGGGGUCCCUGAGCGGGCGCGGACAGCCCCUGUCGGACAGCGGCUCCUGUGGGCGCUCGCCGGCGCCGGCGGAGGGAGAGGAGGCCAUGAUCCGGGAGCUGGAGGACAAGCUGCGCGAGAGGGAGCUGGAGCUGCAGCAGCUCCGGGAAAACCUGGACGAGAACGAGGCCGCAAUCUGCCAGGUGUACGAGGAGAAGCAGAAGCGCUGUGAGCUGGAGCUGGAGGAGCUGCGGCAGAGCUGCGCGGCCCGGCUCAGGCAGGCCUCCCAGAAGGCCCAGCGCGCCCAGCAGGUGCUGCAGCUGCAGGUGUUCCAGCUGCAGCAGGAGAAGAAGAAGCUGCAGGAGGACUUCGCCCAGCUGCUGCAGGAGAGGGAGCUGCUGGAGAAGAAGUGCGCCUCCAUGGAGCACGAGCACACCCAGCUGGGCCCAAGGCUGGAGGAGACCAAGUGGGAGGUGUGCCAAAAGUCGGGGGAGAUCUCCCUGCUCAAGCAGCAGCUGAAGGAACUGCAAACCGACCUGGGACAGAAGGCCAGCGAGAUUGUGGCAUUGAAGGCACAGCUGAGGGAGGCCCGAGGGGAGCUGCAGGCCAGCCAGGCCCACACACAGGAGGUGCACGCAGCGGCCCGCACUCGCACGCUGGAGCUGGAGGUGUGCGAGAACGAGCUGCAGCGCCGCAAGAGCGAGGCCGAACUGCUGCGGGAGAAGGUGGGCCGGCUGGAGGAGGAGUCGGCCCGCCUCCGGGAGGCACUGGGCAUGCCCGGUGGGCAGGGCAUGGCAUUAGGCCCCGCCCCUGGUGGGCGUGGCCCGGGCCUGAGCCCGCUCAUGGGGCCGGUCUACAGAGAGGAGGAGCAGCUGCUGGCCUACGAGAGCGAUGAGGCCAAGGCCCAGCGGCUGAGCGCCGACGCCCUCCUGGGACUGAAGCAGCAGGUGGAGCGGCUCCGGGCCGAGCUCAUGUACGAGCGGCGGCGCAGUGAGGACCAGCUGGAGGCCUUCGAGGACGAGCGCCGGGUGUGGCAGGAGGAGAAGGAGAAGGUGAUUCGCUACCAGAAGCAGCUGCAGCAGAACUACAUCCAGAUGUACCGUCGCAACCGGGAGCUGGAGCACGUGAUGAGGGAGCUCAGUCUGGAGCUGGAGACCCGGGAGCUGGAGGAGCUGGAAGUCCGCGGCUCCGAGAUCCACUUUGAGGAAAUCACUGCCACGGAGAUCUAGGGCUGGCGGGUUUCGCCUGUCAGUGGACAGACACAUUCCACGAUCCGUGCCAAUCAAAGCCAUGUGCUGAAUUCUGGGGGAUCAGGGGGGAUUUCCCUUGUGGAAAAAGCAAUCUCAGCAAUAGCAUUUGUCUUCAGGAUGAAAGUAAAAACAAGUAAAACUCAUAAGGAUACUGUCACCUUAGCUUGAGGCAAGCAAACACCCAUUAUCUUCCCUUCUCUGUACCGUUCUGUAGCUCAAACUAAGGCAAGGAAAAAUAUGCAAGAUAAUUAAUGAAUGCAAGCAAUGAGUGGACAACACUUUUUGCAAUAGGAAUUUUGAUUUACUGUAUGACUACUGGCUGACAUGAGGUCAUCUGAGACAAAAGUAACAUGUAGAUCUACCCGAGUGACCAUAUCAGUCUCCUGACCCUUCCAGGAGACCUGAUCCAGGAUGACAUAUAGACUCUUUUGCAUCAUCACAUGAUGUAGCUGCAGUCUUAAACCCCACUGAAGCCUGAGACAGACCAAGCCGGGCAGGAAAAUGACUCGCCUCUCGGUCUGAUGGUAGAGAGGGGUUGUGAUGUUGAACGGUAGAAGGAAGAGUGUGAGGUUACACCUGCAUGAGAUUGGAGGGAGAGGCUGCACCUGUCUGGCUGCAGUUAAACCGUUACCUGAUCCUCGUACCUCUAUUAUACAGUAUUGCCAUAUUCAGACAGGAAUACCUGAGACUGCAUUGCCACACCGAGCGCAAGCAGCACUAUCUGCUACAUCCCUGGUAAGCAUCCACAGGCAGGGCCUGACUUGGUGGAAUCCUAAGUUUCCUGGGAAAAUCAGACAAUUUGAUUGUAUUUAAAUAUUAAAGGCCUCCAUUUGUAGCUGAGUUUUAUAGCAGCACGCGCAUUGUAAUUUGGAAUGAACAGGAAGUGAGCUGCCCUGCAUUUUACAAUAUACUUGCAUCCUUGGUAAUCAAUAGCCCUUUUUAUUAUAAGUACAGAAUCGUUUUUCAAUGGGUAUGAUAAAGCUAUAAGCAUCAGUGGGAAAGUACCAGAGGUGCUUCUGUGUCAUUCGUCCAGUGAGUUCCAUGAGUGCACUGGGCAGGGCUACUAGCCACAUGGUUCUGGCUGGAGCAGUACUUCCAAGUUACGAAAGUAUUUCCGACUGUUAAAGAAUGGCUGUUGGUUUUCGUAUCUCGACCUGAAAGUCACCUAGCAUGCCACAAUGAAAAUCCAUUUCAUUUUUCACUUAAUUUGUUCACUGUAUUGAGUAGCCUUGUGUUGCCGCGACAGGAUUGCAUAAAGAGCAUUAGGCACUUUAGACAGAAGCCCGCUUCCACAACUUAGCAUAAGUGAAAAGAUUGUACCGCUGUGUGUAACAUGCCAAACACGUAGUGGUUGACUCUAGGUUUCCUAGGGAUGGUUCAGUUUCGAGAAGUCGCAUCCGACAUGUCUUGAGUGUAUUAUACAACACACUCAAGUCCUGCUCCUGAAAGGCCACAGUUUGACCCUGUUGAGGGCCUCUUUGUAUGGAGAAGAUUGUAUAGGAGGGUUUGAACUGGUCCAAUUACAGUCUUAAUUCACCUGUCAUCUACAAAACUUACAGGAUUACAGCCCUUGGUACAGUGAAGGCAGAUUCAUAGUCGAGUCCUGCUUGGAACUGGUUAACUAAUUUAAACCAAGUCUUUUGCUCAGUAUAGCCUCUAGAAACAAUAGAGAUUUUCCCAAAUGAAUCUAGAUUCUGUCCUCAAUAGUGGAAACCCCCAAGUUGUGUGCUGCCCUCCUUGUUGGGAGAGACCCACGCCAUGCCUGAGUCAGCACAUCCUCGAAACCCAAAGAAGACCAAAUGGUGUUGUCAGGUUGGAACAAAGUAAAUGGUUGGUUUAGACAGCAAGGCUCUUUGGAAGACAGAAAAGUACAUCUCCCGAGAAGACCCUCUAAUGAUGACUGUUAACUGUUUCUGCCUCUUGCCUGCCCCAGCAGAUCAUCUUAUUAUCAAACAUCCUGGGGCUGGCAGUCACAGACCCCACCAGCCCAGUAUGAAUGUGAUUUAAAAAAAGUCAAGAAUGUGCAACGCCUCUCCUCGAACCCAAGAGAUUGUGUGGUUUUAAAGAGAUGGUUUUAAAGCAAAGGGCAAGUCCAGCGGAGUUCAGAUCUUUAUUUUUCUAUUCCUAACCAAAAAUGAAAUCAAAUCAAACUAUUUUUUUACCCUAAACCUGGAUUGUAUUGUGUCCUGUGUGUGCAGCCUCAGUACCUGAUGGUGCUCGCUCUUCCUCACUCUUCCUCGUGCACUGGAAAGGGACGUGUCUGCAUGCUGGCGAACAGGGCCUCGGCUCGCCCGCCCGGCCUCUCGAGCUUCAGAUCUCGGACAGACCGCCUCCUCCACUGCAGAACCACCCUCUGCUAGUUUGGGUUUUGCAACAACACCUGUCGGAUGUCCCCACUCCCAAGGACUGGUUUGUAGAUCAAACAGGAACUGGUCACAAGCUGGGUAUUUUUUAUACACUGUUGAUCUCCUCCAUUUAACUGGUCACUCCAGGAUGAGGCGGAUAACUGGUUUUACAGGAAAAACCUUCUUUCAAAGAUCACUGAGUUUUAAAAUUCUAUUUUUAUAGCUUCUUCAUUGAUUCUGUGGCGUCAGUCGGAAACCGCACCCGAGACUGAAGAAUUGUUCUGUCUUGUAUCUUAUUCAGAAUCAUCUAAUUGCUUGACUGGACAAGUCAAUCAACUGCUUCAGUAGAGGUGCUGAAGUAACUGUGCCAUAUCACAUAUAUAGAUAAGGCAAAUAAUAAAUGUAGAAGCAUUUUAUACAAAAGCUUUUUCUAUCAUAUCGGUUCAUCCAUCAUCACUGCUUUCCCAUGGACUUUUCUUGUGGGAGCAACCCAUCAGUGUCGUGGGAACUGGUCAAGUUACUGCCCUCCUGCUAGAGCUGUAAAGGGGACAUACAGUAAGCCAGAGAAAGUUGGUUGGUCUAUAUUGUGAAAAAUGUGUUUUAUGUGUAAAAUUUGUUCCAUGUACAAGAGAGACCAAUGGCCAGUUCUGACUGGGUGAGGCCACUGCACUGCGGAGAUUGCUGUCAGCUCAAGGCGAGGGUCUUUGUACACUCGAGAACACCGUUUGGGACAGCAGUUCCCUACCCUGGUCUUGGUGUCCCCCUUUUUUGAGAUUCAGCCAAGCUGUUAAUUAAGAUUAAUCUGUCUCCAGUUGAAUAUUAAGUAAGAUUCUUAAGAACUUGGAUUUGGUUAGCAAUUAACCCUGAGCCAGUUUUCUCAUUCGGGUGUGUGGAAUGUAUUUGUACUCCUCCAGAAAACUUAUGUGGGGGGGGGCUGUUUUCUGAAGUUUCAUUUGAUCAAUGUCUGGACAUUAUUAGUUGAUCACCUAAAGGUCAGCUUAGGUGCAGUGAGUACCAGAAGACACAGACAUGCUCCAGGACCAGGGUUGGAAACUAGUGCUGUGGAGUAUUGAUGUCCCCUGCUGUUUCUCACAUAUUUGUGCGUUGUGUGGUUGGUGGACAUGCACUAAUUUCAUUACCCCAUGGUGCACACCGCUGACUGACUAUGAGUAUUUUUCAUUGAGUAGGCGAUGCACAGGGUUAGCAUUUACUUUUGAUGUGAAAAGGAGCAGGACAGGACAUCCACGACAAGGAGAGCUGUAAUCCCACAAGGUGUGUUUCUCAUCAUUCAUUGACCUGUCAGCUGCUGCUUUCUAAAACAAGAUCAUGACGCCUCUCACAUGUGACGUGCUGAAUUACCCUACUUGUGCUCCUUCCAGUCCUGGUAGGAUUUUCACUCCAAAUGGGCUCUAGACCACCUGCAUAAAGAGACAUGGCAUGUUUUUAUGAUUAUCAAGAGUCAUCUGUCAGCCCUGCUGGAUUGUGGCUCUCCAGGACCAGGGCUGUUUCACCCUGCUCAUUUGGCCAAUCGCACUUCCAGCUGCUAUCAGCAGUUGUUUUGAAUGAUGAAUCUGUUUUGGAAUCACAAAAUGUUUUAGGGUGGUAUGUUUUUUCAUUCAACCUCCCUAAAAAGAGGGAGGUGGAGAAAUAUCCAGGAAAUUAUCAACUCUGUGAUACCAUGUCUUGUGUUUGGGGGGGUUCAAUGAUAUCAUACUGUAUCUUUCGUUCAGACGUUGCAGCACCAUGUUGAGAAAGUCUGAACUCUGCCUUUCAGACAGUUUAGAACUAGUGUGUUUUAUUUGUAUUAUUCGAACAGACUGUUAUCCUACCCUUUUAAACCAGGGCCAUCAAACAUUCUUGCAGGGACACUGUGUUGACUGGGAUUCGUUUCCCGUGAGCUCUGAGUUCCUAUAUCAGUUCAAUUAUUUCUUUAUUUGUAGAACACAUUCCCACUGUUCCUAGUCCUGUAGUGAGGAAGCAAGUGCAUUAAUUGUACGGUAACCUGCAAAAUCCCUUCUAUUGUAUCAAACUGAGUAUAUCAGCAGGUUAGUGAACUUGUCACUGGAGUAAAAAAACUGAAGACAGCCCUCAAGUACUUCUCCCCAUUUAUACAAUCUAGACUAUAGUGCAUCACAAUGGUCAAAUAGCCCAGCCACCCUUCUCCUAAAGGGAAUCACUUCUCUGCCUGUACAGAGUCUGCCAGCCUGUUUCAGUGUGUCUCUCCUCCUUAAUUACACAUGAAAUCAUUUUGCUGUACAUUUAUUACUAAACCCCUUCCUGUAAAUAUUCCUAACAGCGAGUUAUAUUCAGUCAGAAAUUCUAGAACUUUAUGCAGACACUAUAUCUGUUUCAGGAAUUAGCCACUGUGAAUAGACCAAAGCAAAGUAACACGCCUGUUUUUCUCUUUCCUUGUGUGUAUGCCUGUGCGUAUUAGUGAUUGUUUUCUAUAUAUAUAUUUUUAAUCCGCUGUAUGUGUAGUCAUUAAUGUACAUUUUUCAUGCUGUAAAUUUUUUCUGUACAAAAUAACUGUGUUUUUAA